ACAAGAAAAAUUUCAGAUUCUCUCAGAAAAACAAAAAAAAAAAAAAGAAAAAAAGCCCCAUCUUUUGCAUACAAAAUUGGGCCUCCAUUUCGCUUUCAGUGGAUGAUUAGAACAAAGUAACAUUAGCUUUAAAGUUUAAACGAUUCCUUUCUAUGUAAACGCAUAUCUCCUUCUGCUUAUCAUUAUUUUCAGCUCAAGAAAGCUUUUCUCCAUUAAUCACCCCUGAAGUUUAUUUUAUUCAGAAUAAGGCUUAAAGGUAGAUAUAGAAGUAUGGGCAGUCCCGCGGAGCCAAAGAGAAGAGUGGCAUUUGUACUGAUUGACGGAUUGGGGGAUGUAUCGAUACCAAGUUUUGGGAAUAAGACGCCCUUGCAGGCUGGCAAUGUUCCAAACUUGGAUGCCAUAGCAUCAGCCGGAGUUAAUGGCCUCAUGGACCCUGUGGAAGUAGGUUUGGGUUGUGGGAGUGACACGGCUCAUCUUUCGUUGUUGGGCUAUGACCCGAGAGUAUAUUACCGAGGGCGAGGUGCAUUUGAAUCCAUGGGGGCUGGGUUGGCAAUGUCACCUGGAGAUAUUGCAUUCAAGUCAAAUUUUGCUACCUUGGAUGAGAAAACCGGCAUAGUUUUAAGUAGGAGAGCUGAUAGGCAUUUUGAAGAAGAGGGGCCUAUCCUUUGUGCUGCCCUGGAUGGAAUGAAGAUCCCAUCUUUUCCUGAGUAUGAAGUAAGAGUCAGGUAUGCAACAGAACACCGAUGUGGAGUUGUUGUUAAAGGACCAAGACUGAGUGGAAAUAUAUCGGGAACUGACCCAUUGAAGGACAAUCGUUUGCUUCUGGAAGCCAAGGCUUUAGAUGAUACUGAUGAAGCAAGACACACAGCUGCUGUUGUUAAUGAGUUAUCCAGGGAGAUAUCAAAGAUUCUGGUUUCUCACCCUUUGAAUGCAAAAAGGUUAGCAGAAGGGAAGAACAUUGCUAAUGUUGUCCUUUUAAGAGGCUGUGGUAUCCGAAUUGAGGUUCCUCAUUUUGAGAGGAAACAUGGCUUGUGGCCUUGCAUGGUGGCUCCCACAAAAAUUAUUGCUGGAUUGGGCCUAUCACUUGAUAUUGAUAUCCUAGAAGCUCCUGGAGCAACGGGAGACUAUCGAACACUUCUGACUUCAAAAGCAACUGCCAUAGCUAAGGCACUCUCUGCUCCUUUAAAGACUUGUCCGAGUGUCUUUGUACCAGGGGAGGAUGAACACAAGCCUGGCAGAUCAGAUGGUUAUGAUUUUGGAUUUCUCCACAUUAAGGCAAUAGAUGAUGCAGGGCAUGAUAAGGCAAGUGUUUUCAAAGUAAAAGGAUUAGAAGCUGUAGAUCGAGCAAUAGGACAGCUGGCUAAGCUCUUGUGGCAAGCAGAAUCAACUGGGAAUUUCCAAUAUUUUAUUUGUGUUACUGGUGACCACUCUACACCUGUUGAAUAUGGAGAUCACAGUUUUGAACCGGUUCCAUUUACAAUGUGCCAGUUGAAAGAUUUUGUGGGUGCAAUUGGUGGGGAGUCUAUUGUUUUGGAAACUUCACUUGAUCCGUUUCCUCUUCCAACUGUUAAGGCGUGUGAAGACCUAAAUGAAGACAUUGGUUUAGGAAAAGGGAGAAAAUGCAACCAAGAUCAAGCAUUUUGCGGUGAUUCAGUUUUUGAGUUUAAUGAGAUUGCAGCAGCGAGGGGAUGUCUUGGGCGGUUUCCAGGUGGAGAGAUGAUGGGAAUUAUUAAGAGAUUUCUUAAAUUAAAUGCUUAACUUUCGUGGUCAGAUGUUAAGAGAUUCCUGGAUAACCGCUCAGUUUCUGAAUAAGGUGUUUCUGAUCUGACAAAUAAGCAUGACAGUAUGCCCUUGAAUCAUCAAUGAUUUUGAAUGCUUCUUCUGCAUUCCGAUAUAAUCUGAGUCAUGUGCUUGACUGGAGGCUAAUUUGCUGCCACCAGAACGACAGUGAUUGCCCUAUUUAGUAAAAACAAUAACCUGAGUGAGGGUGUAACAUUCAAUUUAUUGUUGCACAUCACAGCUGAACCAUGUAGAUUAUUGUUUUCCAGGGAAAAAAAAAUGUACUUUCAAUCCUUUCUUAACCUUUAAUUGAAAUUUCAUUUUUGUUCAUAACUUUCUCUAUGUCCCGUUAUUCCUAACCAUGUUAGUACUUGUGUGGAUGACAUAUCAGCUGCCUUCUAGGUGCUUUAUCUGUCUCUGCUUGCUGCUUUCCUUUUGAUUUUCCCAUCUUUUUCUCCUCUCUAACGGGGUGUCCUCUCCCCUGGAGGAAAACCUUUACCAAGAUUUUCCAAGGGAAAAUGCUCGUAGAGAGAUAUUUUUAUUUUGCACAAAGAGGAGGAAUAGAUAAUGAAUCCAGGGGUGUUACUAACAGCCUACCAGCCUGAGGUUCUGCUAUGCCAUAUGGACCUCCAAAAUUACUUUAUGGAGGCUCAUGCUCGGAGACAGACAGCCAAUAUAGGCAUCGGAUAGAGGUAGAAACCUGGUUUACAGAUGGGCAUGGGAGAUUGCUUUGCAAGCAAGUCAUUCAUCAUUCUUAGAGAUAGCAGCUAGUCAUGACUCUUGAGACAAUUUUCUUUACCCUAACAAUUUAUUCCUAUACUAUAAUGUACUUGGCAAAGUUUAUCUUAGUCGGUGUCUGCUGAAGCAGAGUGCUAUUAUCCACUGACCUCCGCAUUAGACUUCACAUUUGAUUUGAUUUUGAAUCAAGGUUAUAUCUUUAUUUCCAUUUUUUGUGAUCAAACAUGUUCGAUUAGUGUUUCUCUUUGUUGCAUGAUGAUCCAAAUAGCCCAGAUGAAAACCAUUUGUAUCAUCUAGAUUCAAGGUAGAAACCCCAAAUCAGGUUCCAAAGAGUAUUGAAGAAUAUUCAAGUUGCAUAACUGUGGAUCCAUCAGAAUUUCUCAAUUCUUCCAUGUCUCUAUUUUCUUUUAGAAAAAGUUUGUCAUGUAAACAAAUCAUAUGAUAAAAGCAGAUAAUAAAGCAAGCAUUAUUUUGCUUUUUCUUUCUCUGGCCAUUAAAUU